AUGUUCAUCCCACAGUUUGAUACCCCAAUCAUGCUAUUCUGUAUGAAGAUACCAUCGGCCAUUAUGUUAUGGAUAGUACCGUUACUGCUGAUCCCUUUGUGUUCUGCGAAUAGUAAAAACAGCAGCAACAAGGUGAGUUUGAUUUGUGAAAUUUCAGAUGAUCGGGACUUGAUAUCAGUGAUUAAUCGAGAAAGUUAAUGGUCGAUGAUUGCAUUAUUCAUUUGCUAGAAAAAAAUGGUAUAAAAUAAAAUGGAAUCAAUGAAAGUAUGAGUCAGUAUGAUUGUCCUAACAUCCGGCGUCGUUUUCAAAUUUUAUUUUUUGAUAUGUAGACAAGUUUUAGGCUUCACUUUUAAUUAUACAUGUUAAUGGUAGAAUUUAUAAUUGAAAUGGAUAGUCCCCUAGUCAAAUAAUGUAAAUACACAGGAAAUGAACAGUUGAAAAAUAAUAAAAUUAUCAUUAGUGGUUGAAUUGUUGCUCAACUGAAUGAACGAACGAUGGACUUGAUAUAUUUAAACGAGUGAGAGUUGUGUAGUGUCAGCGGCCAAAAGUAGAGUCCUCCAAGCGUCUUUUGUUUCUGUACUUAGCUUAUAUCUGCUUUUAUCUAUCUAUUAUCAUUAUUAAUUAAUAUUUACUGUCAAUUAUUUAUUUAGUUAUAUUUCAAAGUCUAUUCAUAGAACAGACAUCCCAAGUGCAUUAACUCAAAAUGAAGGAAUAAUACAUUGAUUCUUUUUUUUUUUUUUUUUUUCAUGUCUGCCCUCAAAUUUCCUCAACAGAAUUCCCAACAUGGCUCUUGUGGUUACUCUCCUUGUUUCUGCGCACCGGGCAUACCGGGUAUCCCAGGAAGCCCGGGACCCGCGGGACCAUCUGGUACAACGGGAUCACCCGGGAAUAACGGACCCGAAGGACCUAUGGGUCCACGAGGAGUCAAAGGCGAUGAAGGACCCCGUGGAAAACAGGGACUUACAGGUCCCAAGGGAGGUACAGGGUCAACUGGUCCAGCAGGUCCACUCGGAAGCAAGGGUGAUGCAGGUCCUCCUGGAAGUCAAGGUCCCCCUGGCCCCAAGGGACCACAAGGCCUCUCGGGUAAAGCUGGAAAGAAGGGUGAUACAGGUCCUCCUGGGAGUCAAGGUCCCUCAGGCCCCAAGGGGGCUCCAGGGUCUUUUGCACGUAAUUGGAAACAGUGCGUUUAUAAAAAUCUGAACGACGGCAGGGACUCUGGAUUGGUCAAGGUAAAAGCUAAGUUGGCCUCAGAAUAAGAAGGUCGUCAGUACUUGGGUUUUAUUUAAAAAAAAAAAAAAAGUAUUUCACUUGAAGGUCUUGUCUUGUUCGGGCAGUGGCCCCUGUGACUCAUUUCUUUAAUUAUUUAUUUCCUUCACUUCCAAAAAAUUCACAAUUUUAUCGAGUAAAAUCUUGCAAAUCAAAAGUUUUUACAAGGAAGCACUCCUCAGCAGCUUUGAAUGGUAAUACCAUGGGAUUCUGUUCACAGAUUAAAGUGUUAGUUUAACCCACCUUGUACCACUGUACCAUACGAAAGCAUUGUUGAGGAGGUAUAAUUCAGUGCCAGAUCCAGACUUUGACAUAGGGGGGGGGGGGGGGGGAUGGGCUGGCUCAGUUGGGUCUAAAAAUAAGGGGAAGCCCUCCUUUGGAUCCGCCACUGUAAUUUGAAUCGUCGUAACUUAAGAUAUCAUAGACUCUAAAUUUAGUCAGAGCUGUCUCUCUGUGGGUAGUAGGAUUAAAAGGUUACUCCGGUAAUCUUGAAUUUGAUUGCUCUUUCCUUUCAACAGGAAUGUAUUUUCAAGAAGACGUCGGACAGCAGUAGUCUGCGUGUCUACUGGAGUGGUCAGCUUCGGCUAUAUGGCUGCGACAACUGUUGCAAGCGAUGGUAUUUCACUUUUAACGGUGCAGAGUGCUCGGCUCCAGCAUCUAUUGACGCUGUAGUCUACAUGAGAUAUGGAACUGGCAGCAGACUAAAAAAUUUGCACCGCCCGCGUCACGUCGAGGGAGUCUGCGAUAAAAUCCACUAA